CUUUGAGAGUGACACUGACAGAUGAUGUUAAUCAGGGCAGUAUGGAGGGGUCUGCGGACCACGGGAUGGAGAACACCUUUACCUGCACCAGUGCUGCCGGCACGUCACAUGUCUUUUGGUAUUCCAGUCUCAGGCACCAACCUGGCCUUCGUGGUGCUGGGCGGAACCUCUCUGACUGCCGCCCUUGUCUAUGCGUAUAAGACGGUGCACUCGGACAGCAUGAGAUACGGCAACCGCAUCUCCGACAUCGAGGCCAGAUUUCAGAGUCAGGAGGAAGUUGUGACAUCAGAAGCUCCAGCGGGUGACUCCGCCCCCGUUGCCGAAGUGACAGCGCCGCAUGCAGUAACCCUAACUGAAAAAGUAUCGGAAGGUCCAGAGCCAGCGGAAGAAGAGUUACCUGUUGCCGAGGCAGCCGUUGUCAUAGCAACAGAACCAGCCCCAGACGCUGGAGAUGCUGUUGAGUCCAUGGUUGCCAUGGUGAUGAUGGAGGCAGCAGCCCAGGAAACAGAAGCAGCCGUUGCAGAGGCAAAUGAGCCUGCCUUACCUGUUGCUGCGGAGAUCACUGCCGUGGAGACCGCGGUGACCGUCGCCGAGACAACGGCUGAGCCGUCUGCUGUAAAAGAAACCCCGGAUGCCCAGACCUUCUCAGAGUAUUGAUCAGCAGCGAAGUUAAUGUGUUAUUUACAUUUUCAUUUGGAGAAAUUAAUGGUGCAGAUCUGCUCUUUCCCAGAAAGCUGCUGUAGGGUGAAUGGGCGGGGCUAAACUGCUUUAGGCUAAAUGGGCGGGGUUAAACUGCUGUAUGAUGAAUGGGCGGGGCUAAACUGCUUUAGGCUAAAUGGGUGGGGUUAAACUACUCUAGGCUGAUUAGGUGGGGGUAAACUGAUGCAUGCUGAAUGGGCGGGGCUAAACUGGUGUAGGCUGAAUGGGCGGGGCUAAACUGGUGUAGGCUGCCAGCGACUAUUCUCAGUGUUGACGCUGAAAUAUUUCACACAGGAACUUUCAUACUUUUCAUCCCUUGCUCUGUCCUACACUAUAUGCUCAAAAAGAUGGUUCUUCAAGGGUUCUUUAGUAAAGAAAACGGUCCUGUAUAGAACCCUGAACACUCAAAGAAUCCUUGAUUAAAGGGGCUUUUUGCAUCAUCAAAUAGUUCUAUGUAGCACCCAGAAGGGUUCUUCUACUGAUACAAGCUUGACAUCUAAACAUUAGCAGAGCCCUUUUUUCAGUAAGGUUCCAAGGUACGGAACCAUCUGCAGCACAUUCUCCAUAAUUCUGAAGAACCAUUUCACCAUGCAAUGAGUGUUUACUUUAGCAAAGAACCUCUGAAGAACCGUCUUUUUCAAGGGUGUGUGCAAACUGGAACUACCCAGCGUAGACUCCUGCUACAAACUUAAAAAUGCAAUAUUUUUAUUGUCGUUUUUUCCCGGUCGGUUUUCCAGGCUUGAAACUCUUUCCCAAACACAGUCUGAAUGCUGUCGAGGAUAAACAAACAUAGCGUGCACUUGAUCCGAGCGAGUGAUGAGGCCUGUCUGUAUAACUGUCUCACUGCUCCGCUGCUCAAACGCUGAAUGUGUGUUCGAGCUGUAGCGCUCACUCACACCGAGCAGAGGCAGCAUCAGCGAAUUAGACCUCACUUUGUCUUUUUUUUGUUACAAAUGUAAAAUCUCGGUGGGAAAUGUGUUCAUUUUAGUAUAAACUACUACAACGUUUCAUCAACCAUCAUCUAAAACACUCGCAUCAGAAUUUUCAGAGGAGCUGAUUGUUUAAAAACCUUCUAAUAAAGUUUUUCUCGACUCUCGCAA